UAUGAGCUGACUUGACUUUUGCAAAUUGAUAACCUUUCCCUAUCAGUGGUGUUGGGAGGAGGAUGCACUAAACACCCUGGAAAGAUGUUUGUGGUGCACUCUCUCAUAACACUUUUUUUGAUUGAUAAAUGAGUGUAUCAUCUUCAAGCUUGAUAAGAUAGGACAUGACAGGAAUUUCCUUCCCCGUUGACGCCCCAGCAAGCCGACUACUAAAAGCCAACCAUUAUCACUGUCUAACGUGGAGUUAGACUGUGGUAAUAGUCGGCUUGCUAGGAGAAGCACACUGAGGGAACCAACACAGGUUGGCUCCAUUUUUUUUUGUCUUUGCACCUUUAAUAGAUGGAUGAUAUAAUGCCUAAUGUUUAAAGGUUUUUCUACAGAUCUUUGUUUUUUUUAUUGACUGACAAUAUUUUGAUGACUCAUUGACUGCUAUCCAUUGAUUCAAGGCUGCCUCAGGCUGAAGUACCAAAUCAAAGAAGGCACCUGCCCACAUAAACUAGGCACCCAGAGUGUGUAUGCCAGAGGCUAAAGAGUACUUCUACCAGGCUUGUACAGGAAACGGCUUAUUAUGACGAUCUACCAUGUAUAUGGUUGAAAAGUUUGGAGCAGCGGUUUUCACUGAAUUGGUUCAUUUCCUAAGGAAGCUUAAAAGGAGUUGAAGCAACUUCUCAUCUAAUACAGGUCAUGUGAAGGACACACGUCCAUGGAAUUAGCCUUUGAUCUGUAAAUCACCCUGUUCAGAUUUUUAUCAUCCAUUUUAGUACUUCUUAAGGAAGGGCUUGUGAGCAGACUUGGCAUUUUGACUUGACAACCCUGCAUGCCAGUAACUCAUGAGGGAUAACUAUUUCUGAAAAUGGACUGAAUAUAAGUUCCACUAGACCUCCAGAGACCCCCAGAGAGCCAGGAGGAAUAGCCCAGACCGAGUCCUCGCAUCAUGGGUGAGUGGAGCUUCCUCAGCGGCCUCUUCGAUGCCCUCCAGGUCCACUCCCCUAUGCUGGGCCGCUUCUGGCUGCUGCUCAUGCUGGUCUUCCGCAUCCUCAUCCUGGGCACUGUCGCCGGCGACUUGUUUGAAGACGAGCAGGGGGAGUUUGCCUGUAACACACUGCAGCCGGGCUGCAAGCAGGUGUGUUACGAUGAUGCCUUCCCCAUCUCCCAGUACCGCUUUUGGGUGUUCCACAUAGUCCUCAUCUCCACGCCGUCCCUCAUCUUCCUAAUGUACGCCAUGCACCACCACAACAAGAGGACCAUGCAGUUAGGCCAGCCAAGGUUCAGCCAGCUGAUUACCAACGCCGCCAGGGAAGAGCGCCAUCUCCGACAGCUCUAUGUUAUAAACGUGGCCUUCCGUUUGGUGACAGAAGUGGGAUUUCUGGUAGGUCAGUGGUGGCUGUACGGUUUCCAGGUUGAGGCCCAGUUCCCAUGCAGCCGCUUCCCAUGCCCCUACACGGUGGACUGCUUCGUGUCACGCCCCAUGGAGAAGACAGUCUUCCUCUGUUUCUACUUCGCCGUGGGAGUGGUAUCUGCCUUGUCCAGUUUCGUAGAGCUCGUCUACGCUUCAUUGAAGUGGUUCCGUCCCACCGGGGAGCAGCCAGAGGAGCGGGUAUGCGACUGUCAGAACCUCCGGAACCUGCAGCAGGAGGAGGUGGAGAUGGAGGAGGAGCAGAAAAGGAGGGGAAGGACCAUGUCCGAGGGUGGGAGUAGUAGCGUCAGAAUGAAAGGAGGGGCGGUGAGGGGCAGCGCCAGCAGGAAGGUGUCUAGCAUUGGACACAAGAGCGUCGGAUAUCAGGGAAACAACCAGAGCACCAAGACCAGUGUUUCUCCUAUAUUCAUUUAGCAGGUGUGGAAAUCGUUGCCACUGCUGCAAAAAAUUAUGAUGUAAUUUUUGGUUUUAAUAUAUAUUUCUGCCAGACACACUUUUAAAUGGAUAGUCGUUGACUCAGUGACUGGAAGUCUAUGGGAACGGCUAGCAUGUCGUUGCGCUAACGCUAGUAGAAAUCCACCCCCCGCUACCCUUGCCACCACUGCUGAAACAAAUCCUAGGGGAAACACUGAAGACAGUUACGGUGUAAUUUAGAUUAAUUUGAAAGAAAUCAUAUAUUCAAUUAGACAGUGGAUUUGAGUACAUUUUGAUUUGAUUUAUUAGGAUCCCCAAUAAUUUCUCUAGAAGUAAAUUAUCUCUCCAAUUUCAAUUACAACCCGAAAGAGCUCAUGCUGUGUCUCUAGCCCUCACUCACCUCUUCUGUUUGACGGUGAUACCCUUCUGGUGCAGCGACUUCUCAUUGGUGAGCUGCAGGCGGGUAAUCUCUUUGCGUCUGAACAGGUGGAUGAAGAAGGCCUUCUCCAGCAGCUUGUCCAGGGUGAUGCUGAAGCCAAUGACGACAGCUAGUUAAUGCAUUGUUGGUAUUACUACAAUAACGGUAACUGCAGUAACAACUUUUUCCCUUUUCGAUUACAAGACCGGGAAAUGAGGGGAAAGGAAAUUGGCCCACACUUAAAUGUAUUUUCAUUGGAUUUACACAAAUGAAGGCCCUGUGAAAGGCUAGUUCCUGUCCACGGGGUGUACAGCAAAUUGCAUCACGCUCACGCUACAUAUACAGGAGAUAUGCUCCAGACCAGUGGGCCAUUCUGGCUUGGACCAGGCUACUUACUUACUUUAAACAAAGGAAAGUCAUGUGUAAUGUAAUGUUAUUAGGUUACAUGUAACAGGUUUGCAAUUUCAUGCAGUUGGAGUACUCUUUUUGUUUCUUUUUUGUUUGUAUUUAGACACAAGUUAUUUCCCUAAAAUGAACAUAAAGGAAAUACUAUUUUCUCUAAUGUAAAUUGUGGCCGGAAAAGAUUUGUGUCAAUACUCCAUACAGGAACUGCUUGGAGACGAGACCUGUAAACAAGUCAUAACGAGACUGAUUGGUCAAGACUCAGGAGGAUGCAUGAACAACAGGGGGGGACUGAUAUUUGGAGCAUGUACACAAAGAAUCUCUGAAGUGCAUACAGUAUAGGCACGGUCAUAACUGUGGCUCCAUGGUUUCCAAUAAGGCCUUCCUACAUCCAGCCAGUGUUUUUCUAUGUUCUUGUGUGUGGACGGUGAUAUUUUCCAAUGGCAUUCAAAUGUGCUGGAUUAUACCAAAGUAUUUUGCUGUUGGCGUUUACAGCAAAUGUCUUAUUCAUCUUGAUCCAUUUUAUGCAGACCAAGAGUGAGUUAAAAUGAAGUGCAAUACAGAUCAAAUAACUUGAAUUGAAUAUACUGUAACUUGGUAUGUGUGGUGUGUAUGAAUCUAGUGUGCAAAAUAUGACCUACAUGAGAUCCAUGAUUACGUCAUUUUCAUAAUUUAAUCUCUGCUCGACUGAACCUUUGCACCCGGUGGAAAGAGCCUGCUACAUAGUACUAUGCAAGGUUUUUCCGUUAAGAGUGAAUGAAGAAUGUUGCACACUGUCUGAUACCAUCGGUGUUGUGAGACUGAGUAAUAUCUUCUUUUCGCUGGCAGUGAAACGUGUGCACAUGAAUAUGCACAGGGGUAUGCAAAGCCGGUUUUGUGACAUGGAAAUAAAUGUUUUAGAAUCAGUCUUGUGAACCUUUGUCUUGUUUAAAAAAUAUACAGUUUGUAGGACUCUCAAAAUAACAUAGAUGUACCUUUGUUAUUACAACUAUGUAAUCUACUAGAAUGCAAGAUGGUAACACCUUUCAUUUCCCUUUCUCAUUGGGUGGAGAAGCUAGACCCGACCAGUAAGUGGUAUCUGUGGACUCAGCUUGUGUCUUAACUGCAGUGUGUAUCAGAGAACAAUGGGGGUCAGCAGAGUCAUAACUAUGUGUGCCUGGCCUUGUUUC